CCCACGUGAGGCAUUGGUGUUCCCGACUCCGGAAGCGAUGCUCUCGGGUGGCGCGAGCAGGGCCUGCGGCAGGGCCUGCAGGUGCUGGCUGUCAGGGUAUGCGCGUCCGGCAGAUGGGACGCAGCAGCCUGCCGCCCCGGAGCAUACAGUGUCCCGCGAGGCGCUGCUAGACCUCUGUCGGAGGAGGCACUUUUUCAGCGGGACGCCACAGCAGCUCAGCACGGCUGCUCUCCUGAGCGGAUGCCACUCGGGCUUUGGACCUUUGGGUGUAGAGUUACGAAAGAACCUAGCCUCACAAUGGUGGUCCUCUAUGGUGGUGUUCAGGGAGCAGGUCUUCGCGGUGGACUCCCUCCACCACGAACCGAGCUCUUUGCAGCCCGAAGACAGUGCCUUCAGGUUAGUUUCUCCAGAAUGUAUACGCGAAAUCUUGCAAGACAAAGAGCUGAGUAAGGAACAGCUAGUGGCCUUUCUUGAGAACUUAUUAAAAACUUCUGGGAAACUACGGGAGACUCUUCUUCACGGUGCCUUGGAGCACUAUGUUAGUUGCCUGGAUCUGGUAAACAGAAAGCUACCUUACGGUCUUGCUCAGAUUGGAGUGUGUUUCCAUCCUGUUUCAGACACUAAGCAGAUAACCAGCAGCGUUAGAAGAGUUGGUGAAAAGACCGAAGCUUCGUUGGUAUGGUUUACUCCCACAAGGACUUCGAGCCAGUGGCUUGAUUUCUGGUUGCGUCAUCGGCUUCUGUGGUGGAGAAAGUUUGCUAUGAGUCCCUCUAACUUCAGCAGUGCCGACUGUCAGGAUGAAUUGGGACGCAAGGGAAGCAAGCUUUACUACAGCUUUCCCUGGGGAAAGGAGCCAAUAGAAACCCUGUGGAAUCUAGGAGAUCAAGAACUCCUACACAUGUAUCCUGGAAAUGUGGCUACGAUACAGGGUCGAGAUGGACGGAAAAACGUGGUUCCUUGCAUUUUAUCUGUAAAUGGGGACUUAGACCUGGGCACGCUGGCUUACCUCUACGAUUCCUUCCAGCUCGCAGAGAACUCCUUUGCAAGGAAGAAGAAUCUCCAGAGAAAGGUGCUUAAACUUCACCCUUGCUUAGCCCCUAUUAAGGUCGCUUUGGAUGUGGGGAAAGGCCCAACGGUGGAACUACGACAGGUUUGUCAAGGGCUACUCAAUGAGUUACUAGAAAAGGGCAUUUCUGUGUGGCCUGGUUAUUUGGAAACUAUGCAUUCCUCAUUAGAACAACUCCAUUCAAAGUACGAUGAGAUGAGUAUCCUCUUCACAGUUCUUAUCACUGAAACAACGUUGGAAAAUGGACUGAUCCAGCUGCGGAGCAGAGACACCACGAUGAAGGAGAUGAUGCACAUAUCCAAACUGAGAGACUUCCUGACCAAGUACCUGGCAUCAGCUAGGAAUAUUGAGUGUCUGCGUAACAGUUGUAAGAGUCCUUGGAGUCCACAAAGGAAGUUGAAUCCUCUGGAACCGGGCUUUCAGGCAGCUGUCAGCCACAUGAUGUUGGUGUUGAGAACCUACAUGUCAACGUAGGAAAAUAGAGACCCCAGCACAAGUGUAUGUACAAAUCUUUUCCUGAGAUCUGGGCUUUGACAGGGUCCUGAAGCAAAACCAUUGGAGCAAGGAACACAGCCUGAGCCUAGAACUGAUUUCUAAAUACAGGGCUCCUUGGGAAAUAACUCAGGGACAAAUACUAGAUGAACCUGGAGCCCACUGUUACACCAGGUAAGGACACACCCAAAGAAUGACAGCUACGUGUCAUAAAAAGAGA